AUAAGUCAUUAACUAUUAAUACGUGAAAAUGACAUUAAGCCAAAUGUUAUGUAGUUUGAUAAAUAUGUAUCUAGUACUUGUGUAUUCCAAAUACUAUUUUACAGGCAGAAAUGGAGGCGUGGCUGGUGCAGUGACAGGUCGGGGGCGGCGAUUAGAAUCCGGAACCACAAACUACCGCGUGGCUAGGGAAGACAGAUGUAAACAAAUAAUAUGUCGCUCUCAAAAAUUGGCAUUUUGGGUUGUUAUGUCGAUUUUUUCAGGAACAUUUUGAUUAUAUUUCUCUAUCAAACCGAAUGAGCGGACUGUCAUUGUUCAUAAUUCAAGAGGUACACCGUUACACCGCAUGGCCAUUCCUCAGAUUAUUGAGGAGGCAUGUGGUGAAGCAGAACUAUACCGUAAUGCUGGAAUUGAUGGGCUAAUAGUUGAGAACAUGCAUGACAUUCCGUACACAUUCUCAGUUGGACCAGAGGUGUGUGCCUCCAUGACAGCUGUGUGUACAGCUGUGAGAGGCGUCUGUCCGUCUCUGCCUAUGGGUGUUCAGAUCCUUUCUGCAGCAAACAGCUCUGCGCUUGCUGUUGCGCUAGCUUCAGGUAUGGAUUUUAUCAGAGCAGAAGGAUAUGUCUUCUCACAUAUUGCUGAUGAAGGCCUUUUAAAUGCAUGUGCUGGAGACCUUUUGCGGUAUCGCAAGCAAAUAAAUGCAGAACACGUGCAGAUCUUCACCGAUAUCAAAAAGAAGCAUAGCUCACAUGCUCUGACUUCAGAUGUCAGCAUCGUGGAGUCAGCCAGAGCAGCUGAGUUCUUCCUCUCUGAUGGGCUCGUCAUCACUGGAACGGCCACAGGGGUUCAAGCAGAUCCUAAGGAACUCAGAGAUGUCGCAGAGUCGGUGAGAUUGCCAGUACUGAUUGGCUCAGGAGUGACCAGCGACAAUGUGGAACAAUACCUUGAUGCUAGUGCAAUGAUAAUUGGCUCUCAUUUUAAAAAAGGAGGCGUUUGGGCAAAUGCUGUUGAUGCAGAGAGAGUGAAAAGGUUCAUGGGAAAGGUGCAUGCACUUCGAAAAUGAAAUCCACAAUUGCUGUUCAAAACAUUAAAUGUAGAACAAUUAAA